AUGGCUCGAAAUGAUGAUGAGAAAGAGAAGAUGGAGAUAGAAAAAACAAGAUUGAUAAAGUUGGCACUUGAAUUAGGAUUUGAUCAACAAUCUGCCAUCACUUGUUUAGAUCAUCUUAUUCAUCUCUAUGGCGACGAUGGGAGGGACUUUAUUACCGUGGAGCACUGUGGUGACGAUUUUCUUGCAUCACUUGCCGAAACUAUGCAAGAUAGUGAGGAAUGGGACGAUUUACAAGCUUUGGAGACCCAGGCUUGUGAAACGUUGGGCGACAUGUUUAACAAGGACUCGAUGAUAGAUGAUAAAACCGUGGACCAUGGACCUUUUGUUCAUGUAUUAAAUGACUCACCUCAAGCUCAGAAACAUCAAAACUUGAUGCAUUUGGAUUCCACUAGUGAAGAUGAAGACCUGGACUUUAGUAUCUUGAGCAACAAGGGUUCAAAAUCUGCAUACUCUGCAUCCAGUAGUAAAAUGCACUCAUGUGUCGAUGGUAGCACUUCAAAAAACAAGGAUGGCAAAAGCAAAACUACACAAACUUCAGUUUUAUCAUUUUUUGGUAAGCAGAAUAGCCCCACCAUGGAAGAUGAUGGAAAGGGAACUCUUAGCUAUGAAGAGUUGAAGAAACUAGAUGACCUUGAAUUGGCAAAUGUUGUGAUAUUCGGUAACAAGGUAUUUCGACCCUUACAGCAUCAGGCUUGUAAGGCAUUUAUGGCGAAACGUGAUUGCUUUGUUCUUAUGCCCACAGGGGGAGGUAAAAGUCUCUGUUAUCAGCUACCAGCAGCAAUUCAGCCAGGCGUUACAAUUGUUAUCUCCCCUCUACUGUCUCUCAUUCAGGACCAGAUAAUCACUCUGAAUCUCAAGUUUGGAGUAGCAUCAACUUUUUUAAACUCUCAACAAACUACUUCCCAGGCAAAUGCUGUACUGCAAGAGUUAAGGAGAGAAAAACCAUCAUGCAAGCUCUUGUAUGUGACCCCAGAAAGGAUUGCUGGGAACGUAUCAUUUCAAGAAACCUUACAUUCUUUGCACCAGAAGGGACAACUAUCUGGAUUUGUUGUUGAUGAAGCACAUUGUGUGAGCCAAUGGGGACAUGAUUUCCGUCCAGAUUAUAGAGUAUUGGGUUCUCUUAAGUUUAAUUUUCCAAAUGUUCCUGUGAUGGCGUUGACUGCUACUGCAACAGAGUCAGUUCGUAAGGACAUUCUGAAAUCUCUAAAAAUCCCACGUGCUCUUGUUCUAGAGACAAGUUUUGAUAGGCCAAAUUUGAAGUAUGAAGUGAUUGAGAAAAGCAAAGAGCCUUUAAAGCAGCUUGGAAAAUUACUGUCUGAUCGCUUUAAAGAUUUAUCUGGGAUAGUGUAUUGCCUUUCAAAAAACGAAUGUGUGGAAGUUUCCAAGUAUUUAAAUGAGAAAUGCAAAGUUAAAACAGUAUAUUACCAUGCUGGUUUAUCUGCUCGUCAGAGGAUGAUUGUUCAGCAGAAAUGGCACACAGGAGAGGUGCAUGUGGUGUGUGCCACCAUUGCUUUCGGCAUGGGAAUAGACAAGCCUGAUGUUCGGUUUGUAAUUCACAAUACACUUUCAAAGUCUAUUGAAAGCUAUUAUCAAGAAUCUGGAAGGGCUGGAAGAGAUAAUCUCCCUUCACAAUGCCUUGCUUUAUAUCAGAAAAAAGAAUUUAGCAGGAUUGUCUGCAUGUUACGAAGUGGAAAAAGCAGAAAAGAAAGUUUUAAGAUUGCAAUGGAUCAAGCGGGUAAAAUGAAAGAGUAUUGUGAACAGAAGGCAAAAUGUCGUAGACAGUUGUUACUGGAGCACUUUGGGGAAUCUUUCAACCCUAGAGUGUGCAAAAAUGGAUCUAACCCUUGUGAUAUCUGUCUCAAGUCGCCUUCGUGAUCAAACUUCACCAGCUACUCUGACCAAUGGAGAGUCCAUAUAUGCAGGGAUAAUCUUUUUUAGUAGUCAACCUUAAAUACUAUCUAUGAAUUGGUACAUCAUUCCAAAAUAGAGGUAAUCCUUGAUAGGGUCAUGGGAACAUUUAUGGAUUUACCUUUUUAAACUAAGCAAUUAGUGUUUGGGUUAUACUGAGAAGAAACUAGAAUUACAAGGCAGUAAACAGCGACGUGUCACGUUGCCUUUAGACUGCUAUUAUUAGUCUAUCCUUAUUCUUUAAUUAUUCA